AUGGCUGGUCCAACCGAUGCGGCUCGCCGCAAGCACAAGGUGACUGUCGUCGGCUCAGGGAACUGGGGCACGACCGUGGCUAAGCUUGUCGCCGAGAACACGAGGGAACACCCAGACCUCUUUGAGGAGGAUGUGCAGAUGUGGGUUUAUGAAGAGAACGUUACCAUUGCGCCCGACUCCCCUCAUUACGACGCGGCUCUCGGCGACGAGCCGCAAAAGCUCACCAAGGUGAUCAACACAUACCACGAGAACGUCAAAUACCUACCCAAAAUUCCACUUCCCAGUAACGUGGUUGCGAACCCGUCCCUCCUCGACGCCGUCCAAGACGCCUCCAUCCUCAUCUUCAACCUCCCCCACGAGUUCAUUGGCAACGUGUGCAAGCAAAUCAAGGGGCACAUCCUACCUUAUGCCCGCGGCGUCAGCUGCAUCAAGGGGGUGACCGUCACAGACGACAAGGUCGAGCUGAUCUGCGAGUACAUCAGCGAGUCUCUCGGCAUUUACUGUGGUGCCCUAAGCGGUGGCAACAUCGCCAAUGAGAUCGCCAAUGAGCUGUGGUGCGAGACUACCAUUGCAUACAACACACCGCCGUGCGACCAGCGACCCCAAAACGGUAACGGAACAGGGACACAAAACGGCACCAGCAAUGGACAACAAGACGGUCACUUCCGCGAUUCUCGCGGCCGCCCUAGCGCGACGGAACUCACACCCCUGCCCACCGACUACCCGCCCCUCGACCACGCCGAGCUCCUCAAGCUGUUCGACCGCCCCUACUUCACCGUUUCUAUGGUCUCCGACGUUGUUGGCGUCUCGCUUGCGGGCGCCCUCAAGAACAUUGUCGCUUUGGCCUGCGGAUUUAUCGAAGGUCAUGGGUGGAACAUGACGGCCAAGACCGCCGUCAUGCGGCGCGGGAUGCUGGAGACCAUCCAGUUCUGUCAAGAAUUCUUCCCGGAGACCAUCCAGGAGAUGACUUUUUGGGAGAGCGCCGGCUGGAGCGACAUGAUUGUGUCGUGCACCUCGGCGCGCAACUGGCGGUACUCCAAGAUGGCGGUUGAGCGCGGCGUGUCGCUGCACGAGAUCGAACGCACCGAGCUCAACGGCCAAAAGCUACAGGGCAUCUCGACUACCAAGGAAGUCAUGGGGUUCCUCAAGGCCCGGGGUGUUCAGGGCAAGUACCGGCUAUUCCAGGCCGUCGAGGGGAUUGUGGACGGGACGUUCGAUGUUGAGAAUAUCCCCCAACUGUUUAGGAGUUGA